AUGUCCAACCGGUCCCUGUUCAAGGAUAUCCUAGCAGAGUUGAAAGGCUUCACCUAUCCCCCAAAUAGGGAUCCGCUAACCAGGAUCGUCCCUAUCCUGCAUUUCCACUUGUUUCGACCAAGUCCACUGCAGGUGGAUAUCGUUCUCGAAAAUCAAAGCGGUCAAACUUUUUCGGCUACCUUGCGAUUAUUGGCGCGGAGAAUUAAAUUGAAACAAACUUUCCCCAGUCGCAUAAUCUUUGGGCCCAUCAUGCAUCUGGCGUUCGAUAUCUUUGGUAGUCUCAAGCUCCAACGAUUCACGCUGUCGGGGGAGGACCUAACCCAAUGA